GGAAAUGGGAAUCGGAUGACCCACAUUGGAGCCGUAUAAAUAGUGGCCGCAGGGCAGAGCAUUGUCAUCAGUUUCCGAGCUCAGCUCCCCCAUCCCACUUCGUUCCAUCGCCAAGUGCCAGUUAAACCCAAGUGGAACCGACAGCAAUAUGAAGGUGUUCAUCUGCCUGAUUGCCUGCUUCAGCCUGGCCCACUCCGGAUUCAUCGGUGGAGGCGGUAGCGCUGGCUGGUCAUCUGGAGGAGGAAGCGCUGGCUGGUCAUCCGGAGGAGGUGGCGGUGGCUGGUCAUCCGGAGGCGGUGGCUGGUCAUCCGGAGGAGGUGGCGCCCCCACCAUCGUCAAGGUCAUCAGCGAGGAGGCUGGUCAUGGUGGCGGCGGAUGGGCCGGCGGUUACUCCGGUGGCUAUGCCCAUGCUCCCGAGGAGGUGAAGAUCGUCAAGGUGAUCAGCGAGGCUGGUCACUCUCACGGUCACGAUCACGCCCACAGUCACAGUCACAGUCACGACCACGGGCACGGCUCCGAGGUUAAGAUCAUCAAGGUCUUCCAGGAGGAGGGUCACGGCCAUGGCCAUGGUCAUGGCUACGACUACUCCAGCGGCGGUCAUGGACAUGCCCACCAUGCCGAGGAUGUGAAGAUCAUCAAGGUGAUCAGCACCGGAAUCGCCGAUGGCGGCUGGUCCUCCGGCGGUGGCUGGUCCUCCGGUGGCUCCGGCUGGAACUAAGCAGUUCCUCGGAGAUUCCCGGACACCUCAACGGAUACCAGACAAUCCAGGCAAUCCAGUGCGCUGAUGUCAACUCCUUUGUUCCUGUUGUCGGAGUUGAGCGGCGAUAUUGGCCUUUCUCGA